AUUGAUUAUUAUAUUGGAUCAUCAUGAUCCAGGCUUAAACAAUGACUUUCGGAUGUUUAGCUGAAGAUCUGUGUUUUCCUUGUUUCUAAAUCCUUGAGUAUAUUCACAAUUUUAUACUAACAAAUACACAGGACAGGACAUUUGCUGAAUUUGUUGAAGUAGGUGUGGUUCCACACGUGUGAGCAGUAAUGAUGAGCGUGUGCUCUGUCACUGACACUGAUCCCAACACCAGGCAGCAGAUCUGCUCUCUUUACAGGGUCACCACUUUCCCAGAUUCACUCAGUGUUCUCUAUGGGUCCAUCUCCAUCACCCCACCCCUCCACCUGCUCCUCUGAGACAUGGAUAUUGUCCUCUGCUAGAAGAACACUGAGCAUGUGGCAGCCCUACAUUCCUCAUUGUGUGUCCAAGCUCUCCCAUUGGCUCCAAACUGUGAGAACCUCCAACAAGCCCAAGACCCACACAUUCAUAUGGAGAUUUGGGAGUAUAAAUAGAGGAGCUGCAGCCAGUACAAAUCAGACCCACUCUACACAGAGAGAUCUACAGCACAGAGACACAGCCAUGGCACCAACCAUCACUUCAGCACUGAACAUCUCAAACGAGCACCUACCUCUGAACAACAAGCUGAGGAAGCCGAUGGUGGAGAAGAUGCGCAGAGAUCGUAUCAACAGCAGCACUGAGCAGCUGAAGUCUCUCCUGGCUCCAGAGUUCCUCAACCAGCAGCCUGACUCCAAACUGGAGAAAGCAGAUAUCCUGGAGAUGACAGUCAGCUUCCUGAGAUGAAAGCAGCAGCAGCAGUCUGCAUUCUCCUCCAGCUCAGCGGCUGUCGAUCAAGGCUUCUCCAGAUGUGUACAUGAGGAUUUUCACUUCCUGUCCAAAGAAGAGGUGAAGACACAGAGUCAGAGAAAACUGCUGAACCACUUCCAGAAUCUGCAGCCAUCUUCAGACGAGAACAGGAGGGAAAGUGUUGUGGUUCAGCUGAGCUCUACAGAGCAGCAGAUCAUCAGCAAAGAGAAGAGUUCAGUUAAGAGCUCCCUCUGGAGGCCCUGGUGAAGAGGAGAUCAAGACUCAAAGCUGGAAACACAAGUCUAUGUGGACUUUAUAGUUCUAUUUCAAGUUCUAUCUGGACUUGGAUUAUAAAUGAACUGUUAAAACUUAACAUCUUAUUAUUGUCUUAUGGCAAUAGACCUAUUCCUUUCUACUCUGAGAAAGAUUUUUAAUUGAAGAUGCUGUUAGAACCCAGUUAAGAUCUGCAAUCUUGCAGAUUAUGCCUUUUUAUGUUUUUAUUUCAUUUUAUAUUGUUAAAACUUAACAUCUUAUUAUUGUCUUAUGGCAAUAGACUGAUACCUUUCUACUUCAAGAAAGACUCUGGCCCUGGUAAAAACUAGAGGCCUAGACUCUGUAAAAUUAAUGGUAGAAGUUAAACAUUAUCCUCUUAUAGGGGAAAUUUUAACUGAAAAAUACUCUGAGUUAAAUGUGUUUAACUUGAAAAAGUUUUUUGUUUACCUGUAAACAAGAAAUUGUUCUACAAUUAUUUUGUCUGUAUCAGAUGUUUUAUGCAUCCUCUGUGUGGAUGAUUUUAUUAAUCAUUGGUCACAAUUCAUACUGAAUAUUUGAACAUUUGAUUCGAGCUUUCGAUUCAUCAGGAUUUUCUCAUAUUGAGAAAUAUUUGAUCAAUUUAUUUGUUUUUUAUAAAUAUAUAAAUUUGUCUUUUGUAAAGACCUCUUUAAGAUGCUCUGUCCCCCAUGCAAUUGUUGUGAUAUAUUAUCACAAAGCACAGAAAUACGAAGAA